CUUUUGACAUAUUUAUUAGUUUGCAGGGUGUCCCAAUUGCUUUUGAUAAAGUGAGAUUAAUUGGUGAAUUGGGUGACAUCUAUGACGACCAAGGGUAUAUCCAUCUCAAUAUUGAAGCAGACUUUGUUAUCUUCAGGCCUAAAACUGGACAGAAGCUGAUGGGUAUCGUGAAUAAAGUUGCUCCAAGUCAUCUUGGCUGUCUAGUACAUGGGUGUUUUAAUGCUUCAAUACCCAAACCACACAAGGCAAAUGGAACUUGGCCAGGCUUUGCAGUAGCAGUGGGCGAUAGCUUGAAAUUUGAAGUUCUGCAGCUGGAUGCUGAUGUCGCCGGUGUACUGUGCAUUCGAGGACAGUUGCUUUUAAGGUUGCAGGCAACAUGUGUGGAUUCAGAAGGACCACUAGAAAAUAAUAGUGGAGAACAAAAUGAUGGCAUAGUACGCAAGAAGAAAAAGAAAAAGAAGAAAGAUGAAAAAUGGGACCAAGAAGUUGAAGAGACUGUGAAUGAUGAGAUUUUAGACAAGAGUUGUCAUGAAGAUCAAAUGGAAAAAGCUGAAAUAAUUUUAGAAAGUAAGAAACACAAAAAGAAAAAGCGGAAGACAGGGGAACUAAAUGUAGACACUGAAAUCCAUGGGCGAGAUGACAGUGAUUACUUCAGUGACAAAGCAGUUAAGAAAAAGAAAAGAAAAUUGUCUGAGGGUGAUUCAGAACAUACCGGUUAUGCACAAGAAGCAAAACGCAAAAAAAAAUUUUGAAAAAUGUAUAUAACUGUAUGUACAGAGUUCAAAAAUUCCUUGAAUAGUGCCUUGCAGAAGAUUCCCAUAUUUUGUAUUUUUAUUUUGAGAUUCAUUUAUUGUUGUAUCAUUCUCUUCGGCACAUUUUGAAGAAAGUAUAAACUUGUUCUAUAAAAUGUAUUGAUUUUUGUUGCUUCGGUGAUGUUUGUAUUACAAAUAAAGGAGCGUUUGGCUUGUGCUCCAAAGAUGGAGUGAAAUGUAAAA